AUUGAGAUUUUAUUUCUUGUGGAAGAAUAUUGUUUUUGGUUUACACCACUGUAUGGGCUGUUUGUUUAUGUUGAGUUUCUUUUUAGAUUCUAAAGGUAUCUUCUGCUUGAGUCAGCAAGUCAGCUAAAAUCAUUAUAUGUUAGAGAAGUAUUCUGCGCCAUAGACCAAACCAGACUCCAAGAGACCAUGGCCUUUUACAGCUGCAACAUAUUCCUUGCGGUAGCUCGGUCCAGGGGACCUCAUCUGCUUGUACACUCCAACUUCUCUCCAUUUUCUCCGUCGGCUGCCUUUGUUCAGCUGGUGGAUUCACAUGUUAGCCGGGCACACCUGAAGGACUCCGAGGGCCAGCCGCUGUUUGGUUGCACGCAUCCAGGCGCUGCGUCGCCUCACUUGCUGAGCAAGCCGACGCGAAUGCUCCACUCCUCUGCUUCUUGGCACCAAGAGCUUCAGGACAGGCCUCCACCCAAUGAAAGUACUGCCAAAACGGAGGGUGAGGGGACCAAGGGCCAAGGGGACCAGGCGACGGAGGUUGCCAGGAGGUCGUUACGCCACAGGGUUGUCGAGGAACUGAAGCACUACUAUAAUGGAUUUCACUUGCUUUGGAUAGACACGCAGGUUGCUGCUAGGAUGGUGUGGAGGCUGUUACACGGGCAAAUCCUCACUCGCAGGGAGAGACGACGGCUGAUGAGGACAUCUGCUGAUCUCUUCCGGCUUGUCCCGUUUUUGAUCUUCAUCAUUGUGCCAUUCAUGGAGUUCCUGUUACCUGUAUUUCUGAAACUGUUUCCUGAGAUGUUGCCCUCCACUUUUGAAACGGAAUCUAAAAAGGAAGAAAAACAAAGGAAGAAACUGAGUGCGAAGCUGGAAUUAGCCAAAUUCUUGCAGGAGACGAUUGCAGAGAUGGCCAGAAGAAACAAAGCCACUACAGGGGAAGCGACUCAGCAGUUCUCUUCCUAUGUUGAAAAGGUUCGGCACAGCGGCCAGAGCCCGAGCAUCCAAGAUAUUAUGCAGUUUUCCAAGCUCUUUGAAGAUGAGCUUACGCUGGAACACUUGGAACGGCCACAGCUGGUCAUUCUCUGCAAGUUGCUGGAACUGCAACCCAUUGGCACCAAUAACCUUCUCCGCUUCCAGCUUCUGAUGAAGCUCCGGUCUAUCAAAGCAGACGACGAGAUGAUUGCCAGGGAAGGGGUCAAUGGCUUGAGCGUUUCUGAGCUGCAAGGCGCCUGCCGAACAAGAGGAAUGAGGUCCUUGGGCCUUACAGAGGACCAGCUCAAGGACCAGCUCAACCAGUGGCUCGAUCUGCAUCUAAAGGAAAAUGUUCCUCCUUCCCUGUUGUUGCUUUCUCGUGCCUUAUAUUUGACCGAAGUGAAGCCCAAACCAAUUCCUGUGACUCCGGCCGAGCCUCUGAAGACGGAGGAAAUAGACGAUGAAGAUCAUGAGACGCUGUUGGAUCCUGCUCCCAUGGUGCAGGAAAGAAAGAAUGAAGAAUUUAUAUUGCAGCCAACAGAGAAAUUACCAGUUCCUGGAGUAUCCGUCAAGCCUCCUGAAGGAGAGACAAAGAUGGAAGCUUCUCAGAGCAACAAAGCUAGCGCGAAUGGAGUCUAGCUAUUUCCAUCAACAAGGACCUGGGCGCUUGAGGAAUGUCUCUGCCCCUGAUAUGAAAUCGCCGAGACUACAGCCCAUUCUUGUAGACCAGCUCCUUUUCCACGCACAGUUUCCUGUCCCCUCUCUCUCUCUCUUCCCUUUUUGAUGUGCUCUGGGUGAUAUUGUUCGCAUCUCACCCAGGCCAAAAAAAAGAAGAAAAAGCACUUUUGAUAUAGUGGAACCUCUUUAUCUAUUCUAUCCUGAGUAAAUUAACUUAUUUUUGUAGAUAUGUAUAUAAUCUUACAAACUGGAAAAGCUGUAACUUAAGCGACAUGAUCGGAUGCAAAGAUUUGUAUUUCUUAAAAUUUUAGUAAAGCAGUGAAUUGUUAUUA